UUUAUUUAGUAUUGCAAGAGGUCGUGUUGUUUUCCUAUUGGUUGGGGAAGAGAGCCCAACCCACCAUUGUCAUUCUUUAUCCUCUUCCUCUCUCAUUGUCAUCCAUGGAGUCUCUUUCCACUGUGUUCUUCGGUUCUCCUCCUCUCCAAAACCAUUCCAAACCCCACAAUUCACUUAACUCUAAACCACCCUUAUUUCUCCCAACACUCACUCCUUCUUCCUCAUCUUCUUCCUCUCACCUUCAUCUAUCCAAUUCUCUUCAAACCCAUUUCCCUUCUUCCUCUAUUAAAAUCCAUCAACCAAACACAGACCCCCUUUCAAAUCAUCUUCAAACCAAUCACUCUCUUCUCAAAAGGUCUCCACUUUCUCAAACCUUAGCAAAACCCCACCUCUAUUUCGUGCUCACAGAGCUUAUUACAACUUACUACACAUCUCCAUGUUUUGCCUCUGAAUCUAUAGUCUCCUCCUCAACAGAUCAAGUUUCACCAAACAAAAUCGACUUGGAAGCAGUCUUGGUCUCAAUUGAUAAUUUUUUUAACAGAUACCCUUUUUUUGUUGCUGGGUGUACUUUCAUUUGGUUGGUUGUUAUACCUUUAACACAAGAAUAUUUCAGGAAGUACAAGUUCAUAUACGCCAUUGAUGCUUUUAGAAAACUGAGAGAUGACCCAAAUGUGCAACUUUUGGAUAUUAGAGACCAGAAGAGUUUGAGGUAUCUCAAAUCCCCAAAUUUGAAGAUCAUAAAUAAGAGUGUAGUCCAAGUUCAAUUUUCAGAGGAUGAUACAGUUGGGUUUGUAAAUAAGGUUUUGGAAAACUUCAAAGACCCUGAAAAUACUGUUAUCUGUAUUUUGGACAAUCUUGAUGGGAAUUCCCUGAAAGUGGCUGAAUUAUUAUUCAAGAAUGGAUUCAAAGCAGCUUAUGCAAUCAAAGAUGGAAUUGCAGGCAAAAAGGGCUGGAUAGAAAUACAAGAAACACUUUUGCCACCUUCUACUCAUAUUUAUCCCAAAAAGAGGAAGAUUAAACAGUCAGAAGAAGAACCUUUAACCAAUGGUGCUGUUGGAAAAAAUGAAGAUGAAAAUAAGGUUACCACUACCAGACCUAGCUCCACAGCUGAGAAUCAAGUAGCUAAGAUCACAGAAUCAAUUUUAACAACCAAAAAUGGUGCCAAAUCAUCCUCCUCUCCUUACCCCAAUUAUCCAGAUUUGAAACCUCCUUCCUCUCCAACUCCAUCAAAGCCCUCAAAAUGAAAUCUUGAAAGACCUUUCAAUUUUGACAAUACCAUUCAGUAGUAGUACUAGUAGAGUCUGUGUAAUAUUUGUCAUCACUGCAGUGACACUCUCUUGUAAAUUGCUUUAUUUAUUUAUUUAAUCUUAAAAUAUUUCAUCACAAAA